GUUCACUAUGAAACCACAGGACCAGAAAUCUGGAAAGGCUUAGCUGGAAAAGUUGAUGCCUUUGUGUCUGGGAUAGGAACUGAAGGAACAGUAACUGGCGUAGGGAAGUAUCUUAAAGAGCAAAGCCCUAAUAUCAAGAACCAGUUGAAAGUGCAGUGUUGUCCGGAGGAAAGCCUGAUAUCGAGUGAAGAAGCUAUUGAGACUGCCAAACGUCUUGCCUUGAGGGAAGGAUUGAUGGAACAGGUGGUGUUCCCAAGUUUUGGCGAGCAUUACCUCUCGUCGGUGCUCUUCGAAGACGUGAAACGAGAAGCUGAGAACAUGUUCGAGCCUUGA